GGCGGGUAAUUCGAACGUUUCUGCGGGAGGCGGUUUCGUGGCGGCGCGAGCCCGGGAAGCGGCGGCCGAGAGCGGGACGAGGCAUGACCGGGAAGCAGGCGCGGCGCUCGGGGCCCGCGAGCCCCGCCGAGCCCCUGCGGAGGUCGCAGCGGAAGUCGGUCUCCGAGCUGCGGGGCCCCGGCAGCCCCCCGCGCGGGAGCCCGUCGCACGGGGUCCGCCCCGGCCAACGCACGGAGCUCGCGGCGCCCCCUCCUCCGACGGAGCCGCGCCCCAAGGCCAUCGUGCUGAGAAAGAUCGUGGCCCCCGCGGCCGAGAGCCCCGCGGUCCACACGCCUCGCAGGAGCCCAAGGAUCGCCCUCUUGGAGAAGGAGAACUGCCCCCCCGGACCAGAGCCCACCUGGGAGGACCUCUUCAAGUCCUGUGAGGCGCCGGACACCCCCGCCUCCACGCCCCUGGUGCCCCCGCUCAGCGCCAGUGCCCUGGACCUCAGAGACUUGGAGAUGUCCAAGAAAGUUCGGCGCUCCUACAGCCGCCUGGGCAGCCCCGGCGCCGCCACCACCUCCACCCCCACCGCCGGCCGCCCCUCCUACUUCGGCUUUGAGGGACUGCUGGCAGUCGAGGAGCCGCCCAGGGUCUCGCCCGUGGUAUGCUCCAAGGCCACCGAGGUCCUGCGGGCGCCCCAGGAGCCCUGGGUCCCCGACACCAUGCUCCCCGGCAUCUCGCCCCUGGUGGCCAAAGAGAAACGGAAGAAGAAGAAGGUUCCGGGAAUCCUGAAAUCCGAGCUGGAUGAAUGGGCCGCGGCCAUGAAUGCCGAGUUUGCAGCUGCUGAGGAGUUUGAUCUUCUGAUUGAAUGAGAUGCUCUGGGGUGCAUCUGGCCAGACCCGCCCCGCUCCCUGUACAUAGCCCCCUCACCCUGUGGGGAUGGCCACCGGGGUCUCUUGGAUU